AUGAAACUUCUCCUUGCCGUUCUACUCGUAUUAUGUCUUGCUACAAUCGUCAUCUCUCACAGAAAGGAUAAUGAUGAGGUGAAAAAGAUUGUAAAAGUUAUUGAGUUUGAUGACGAUGUGGUGGAAGGAAGAAGUUCAAUUGGAAGAAAAGGAAACAAGAAGUUUGGUUCUUCAUCUUCUUCAUCAUCCUGGUCAUCCGAGGAAUAUCCUAGACGUGGAAACAGAAGACCAUUCCCACGUCGACGUCCUCAGAGACCCACUGAAAUCAAGGAAAAAUGUGAUGAUGGAUGGCUAGAGUUCAAGAGACCUAAUGGGAAAGCGAAAACUAUGAAACGAUCCUUUUCCGUUCUACUCGUAUUAUGUCUUGCUACAAUUGUCACUUCUCACAAAAAGGGUAAGGAUGAGGUGAAGAAGAUUGUGAAAGUUAUCGAAUUUGAUGAUGAUGUGGUGGAAGGAAGAAGUUCAAUUGGAAGACGAGGAAACGAGAAGUUUAGUUCUUCAUCUUCUUCAUCAUCAUGGUCUUCCGAGGAACAUCCAAGACGUGGAAACAGAAGGCCAUUUUCAAGACACCGACGUCCUCAGAAGACCGUUGAAGUCAGAAAAGCAUGUGAUGAUGGAUGGCUGGAAUUCAAGAGGCCUAAUGGGAUCUGGUGUAUUUUGGUUGGUAAUCCAGGAAUUACGAAUGGAUGGUUCUCUCAACAAGAUGCUCAGAACGCUUGCAUCGGCAUGGGAGCAGUUCUCACCGGAUUCCAAAACUCAAACGAGCGAAUGAAAGUGGCAGAAGAGGCGCUUAAGUUAACAACAGCACUAGGCCGUACUGUAGCUGGACUCUGGGUAGGAGCUACUAAUCUUCCUGGAUGCAGAUCUCCUAGCUGUGGACCGUAUAACACUUUCCAAUGGACCGAUGGAGAUACAACAGGAUUUGAAGGCAUCAAAUGGGGUGUCGGUGAACCGGAUAACAAUAAUUGGCCGGGAGCCACAGCUUGCAUUCAACAGUUCAUCAUUUCUCCUAACUUUGUCGCUGGACCCGAGGAUUUCGCGGGAUGGAAACCAGCAUUUGUAAAUGGGGAUCUUGACAAGUACCAAUGCAAUUCGCAAGUUUAUCCAAGGACGAGAUUCUAUAUAUGCGGAAAGAGAGGAGUUCGGAAAUAA